ACAUAUUUUGAGAAUAAUAUCGGUCUUCAAAAGACUAUAAUAUUAUACACCAAACAAUAUUGGUGGAUUUUCUAGUAACAUAUACCUUAACAUUUAUUACUUUUUAGCAUUAUUUUCUGAAAACUGUUUGCUAACAAGUAUUUUAUGAUAUAGAAAAAAAAUCAUUAGCAUAUAGUUUUAAAAGUUUGUGCAGUAUUGCUAAAGCAAUGUGUUUAAUAAAACCAAGAACUCGAAGUAUCCCUUCGGAUAUUUCAAAUGAAGUAAACUUACAAAGUAAACAUAAUAGGAAAAUGCGCUCAAACCUUACUCUACAAAUGUCUUUAUAUUUCAAUUUGAUUUUUUUACCGAUUUGGUCGAUUGUUAUUAUUCUUUUUAUGAACAAAAAUUACUACUCAUACGAUGAACUCUAUAGGUAUAUAUCGGUUACUGUUGUUAGCACCAUAUUUGGCGUGGAAUUGUUAAGGAUUUAUUUGGGGUAUGAAGGCAAUCUUAAGGAUAAAAUUCCAGAACUGGCUGGAUUUUGGAUGCUUUCAAUACUGCUUCAGUUGCCUCUUCAAGGUUUUUUACUAUUCAAUCCAUAUUUCCGUAUGUACGUGUUGGAAAUCAUUGUACAAGCUGUGAUGUUUAUUCUUCUUUGUAUACAGCUCAUAUCUGGUUAUUGUGCUAUUAAAUUCACUGCAUCUGAACAAACUGCAGUGUAUAAGUUAAAGAAACAGAGGCAACAAGAAAAAGCUAUAAUAAAUAAAACUGGUGAUUGUUUAAAUCAGGACAAAGGUGAAGGUAAUGUAGAAAAUAAUCAAUAAAUGUAAAUAA